GUUUUGUGCUGCGUACUAAGCAAACGGACGGCUGUAACGUUCUGUGUCUUCAGCGCUAUUGUGUCCCUAACACUGUGCACCGCGAUACAUUGCCUUCCGCUUAUUUAAUUGAAACCAGCAUUGAAAAUUUAUCAACAACUGUGUACUCAAGCAAUUAACUGGUUGGCGGCGCGGAGCGCAUGCACAUCUGACCCUCCGGCAGCUGCACGAAAGCACCAAGGGAUUUAGCUUUGCAGUGUCCACCUAGUAUUCGCGGAGCUUGAGCAGGAGUCGAGCAUGGCUCCGAAGGGGAACCCGCCAGGGCCUGGCGGGAGCGGUGCAGCCGCGCCAGCCCGUGCGCAGGCGCCGCAGGCGCCUCGACAGCAGCAUCCUCCCGCAAAGCCUGCACCUCUACCAAAGCGUGUUGAGGAGGACGCCGGCAGCGAUGAAGAUGACAAUGCCCCCCUGCCGUUGGUUGAUCAAAAGUACCUCAGCGAUAAGAAGUUUGCGGAGUUCAACAUCCAUCCUAACAGCAAGAGGGCUCUUGCCGAGGUGCUCAAGUAUGAGCGCUGCUCGCUGGUGCAGGCGGCGUCCAUUCCCGUGUGCCUGGGCCCGGAUGACGUGAUCGCCAAGGCCAAGACCGGCACGGGCAAGACGCUGGCGUUCGUCAUCCCGACUAUUGAGAAGGUGCUGGCAAACCGCGCCCCCCGCGGCAAGGUGUCGGCUCUGGUCCUGAGUCCCACGCGCGAGCUGGCGCGUCAGAUUCAGACCGAGACGCACAAGAUGCUGACGUACCACCCGGGCCUGCACAGCAUGGUGGUGUACGGCGGCGUGGACGUGAAGAAGAACCUGCGUGCGCUGGUGCAGAAGAUGCCCGACAUCCUCAUCGCCACGCCAGGACGCUGCUGGGACAUCAUGACGCAGGCGCAUGACCGGUCCCUGACCACGGUGCUUGACAGCACUCGUGUGCUGGUGCUGGAUGAGGCGGACAAUCUGCUAGACAUGGGAUUCAGGCCCCAAAUUUCCAAGAUCCUCAGCGCGCUGCCGCCCACCACCCAGCGCCAGACGUUCCUGUUCAGCGCCACAUUCCCCAGCGACGUGAAGAGCCUGGCGGAUGUGGCGCUCAAGCGCCAGCACAGUUACGUGGACGCUGUGGGCGAGGACGUGGCCACGCACGAGCACGUGGAGGCGUCCAGCCUGGUGGUGGCCAAGCGCGACGUCAUGCUGCAGCUGCUGGGCCUGCUGGCGCAGCACAUGGCGGAGGAGCCAGACUACAAGGUCAUUGUUUUCCUGCCGACGGCACACCUCACGGCCAUGUUUGCCGAGGCGUUCUCAGCUGCGGGCCUGGGCGGUGUGAUCGAGAUGCACUCCCGCAAGAGCCAGCCGCAGCGCGACAAGGCCAGUGCGCUGUUCCGCGCUGAAAACCGGAUGAUCAUGUUCAGCUCGGACGUGUCGGCGCGUGGCGUGGACUACCCGGGAGUCACCUACGUGGUGCAGUGCGGCGCGCCCGCCAACCGCGAGCAGUACAUCCACCGCGCCGGCCGCACCGGGCGAGCCGGCCGCGCGGGCCAGUGCACGCUGCUGCUGUCGGACUUCGAGCGCCCCUUCCUCAACAAGCUCGGCGACCUGCCCAUUAAGCAGCUGCAGCCCCUAGCGCUGCCGCUGGCGGCGGGCGGGGCCGCGCUGGGGCCGGCGCUUGUGCGGGACCCCGCCGGAGCGCUGGCGCGGGCGGUGGCGCAUGCCGACUACCAGAACCGCGCCCGCGCGUACCAGUCGUUCCUCGGCUACUACAAGAGCCACGAAGUCAUUAAGACCCGGCCGGAGCAGAUUGUGGCCCAUGCCAACGAGUACGCGGCGGAGCUGCUGGCCUGCCCCACGCCGCCCGGCCUACUGGCCAAGACCGUGGGCAAGAUGGGCCUCAAGGGUGUGGCGGGCCUGGUCAUCGUCAAGGAGGGACAGCAGAACCAGCCGCCGCCAGGGCACGUCGCCCCGGUCGGGCCACCGCCAUCCGCCAGCCAGGCCGCGGCGGCGGCCGUCGCGGCGCUGAACCUGGGCAAGGACCGGGCUGGCAGCGCCCGGGGUAACCCGCAGCAGCAGCAGCAGCAGCCGGCGCCCCAGCAGCAACAGCAGGGCGGUCGCGGUGGCCGCAACCCCGCCGCGCCUGCGCAGCCAGUCGCGGCCGCGCCGCAGCAGCAGGCCGCGCAGCCGCAGCAGGCUGGCGGGCGGGCGCAGUCGGGCCGCCAGCCCCAGCAGCCCACCGUGGCGAGUGCCGCGGGCGGCAGGGCCCCGGCACCGGUGCCGGCUCAGCCAGCGCAACAGCAGCAGCACCGUGCAGUGCAGCCACCUGCUCAGCAGGCCCCGCAGGCGCAGGCGCAGCAGGCAGCGCCUGCCAGCGGCCGUGGACGGCAGGUGUCCGCAGCGACUGGCCCCGCUGCCGCCGCUGCAGCGGCCGUCGCCGCCGCCGCAGCGGCUGCCGCGGCUGUGCCGCCAGCGACGGGAAACGGUGAGCCGGCGCUGCCUCCGGGGCUCGUACAGCCGCGCAAGGAUGCGGUGGCGACCACGGCAGCGGCGCCGGCGCCCGCCGAUGUGGCGAACGGCUACACGGCUGCGGCUGAGUCCGCGGCGGCACCGGCCCGGCCGUCCGCAUCGCUGUGGAACCCGGCCGCCUCCGCUGCCAGCUACCAGGACCCUGCGGCCGCCGCCGCCUUCGCCGCCAUGUCGCGGCCGGGCCCGUCGGUGCAGGUGAACGGCGUGCAGGGCGCGGUGAGCCCGCUGGACAGCUACGCCCAGCAGCAGGCCGCCCAGCAGCAGCAGCAGCAGGCCUACCUGCAGUACCAGCAGGUGUACCAGCAGCAGAUGGAGGCGCAGGCCAACCCGUCGGUUGCGGCCAUGGCCGCUGCGCAGGCGGCUCUUGCCGGCCAGCAGCGGGCGGCGGCGCCCCAGCAGCAGCAGCAGUCGGCGUCUGAGUACGCCGCGCUGGCCUCAAUGCUGGGCGUGCCGCCCGGGUACAACAUGAUGCCGCAGGCGCAGCAGCAGCAGCUGCUGCAGUACAUGCAGCAACAACAGCAGGCGGCACAGCAGCAGCAGCAGGCACAGCAGCAACAGCAACAGGCACAGCAGCAGCAGGCGCAACAGCAGCAGGCGCAGCAGCAGCAGGCGCAGCAGCAGCAACAGCAAGCGCAACAGCAGCACUUGCUGCAGAUGCAAGCACAGAUGCAGGCGCAGGAGCAGGCGGCAGCGCAACAGCAGGCAGUGCAGCAACAGCAGCAGCAGCAGCAGCAGCAGCAGCAGCAGGCGCAAACACAUCAACAGCAGCAGGCGCAGCAGCAGGCAUACCAGCAGUAUGCCCAGGCGCAGGCGAUGGCGGCCAUGGCCGGGUAUGCCGGCACGCAGGCGCACAACGCGGCUGGCGUGAGCAGUAUGGAGCCCAGUGCGGCCCUGCUCACGGCGCUGGGAAGUGCGGCCUCCGUUAGCUCAAGCGGCAACUCGCAGGCGGCAGCGGCCGCCGCGGCGGCUGCGGCGGCGGCCGCGGCUGUGGGCGCCGGCCAAGGGCAGCGCGGCCAGGCUGCCAACAUGGCGCAGCAGCAGCAGCAGCAGCAGCGUAUGAGCUCGGGCCGUCAGGGCGGUACCGAGCCGGUGGCGUCGACGUCAGGGAGCGGCGCGACGGCGCGGCCGCAGCCGGCCGCUGCGCCGGCGGCGGCAACGCCAGCUGCGGCAGUUGCAGCGGCUGGGGGCGCGGGACGGGGAACGGCGCCGGGCCCCCGGGCUGGGCCAGGCGGCCGGGGGCCUGCCGCAGCGAUGGCGCAGGCGGCGGCGGCAACCAGCGCCGGAGGGCGUGGUGAACGGUGGUGGCAUAAGCCGCAGCUGCAGGAGAUUGCCAAGGAGAUUACUGACCGCACCUCGGGCGCUAAGGCGUCUGAGCAGUCACCAAGCGCUGCGGCAUCAACCUCAGGGCCGCAGCAGCAGCAGGCAGCUGGGGCACAAGCCGCGGCAAAUGGGCCCGCAGGGCGGCAGCAGCAGGCACAGGUGCAGCAGCAGCAGCAACAGCUGCUGCUGCAGCAACAACAGCAACAACAGCUGCAGCAGCAGCAACAGCAGCUGGGGAGAGGGGUGGCUGGUCACAGCUCUGCGCAACUGGCUUCUUCUGGCUUUGGGGGAGUACUGGGCCGGCAGGGCGCAGCGCUGGAGCAGGUGCAGGCCAGAAUGCCGCAGCAGCAACAACAGCAACACCUGCAGCAGCAACAGCAGCAGCAGCAGCAGCAGGAGCUUCUACAGCAGCAGCUGCUUCUGCAACAGCACCAGGCACAGCAGCAGCAACAGCAGCAGUUACUGCUGCUACAGCAGCAGCAGCAGCAGGCGCAGCAGCAGCAGCAGCAGCAACAGAUGCUGCAGUACGCGGGCCUGCAGCACGCGCCCCAGGCUGUGGCUGUGCCGCUGUAUGUGAUGGCGCCGCAGGGCGCGGUGUUUGCGGGGCAGCAGCAGCAGCAGGCGGUGGUGGGCGCGACCGGCGGCCUCACGCAGGCGCAGCAGCAGCAGGUGCUGCAGCAGCUGACGCCGACGCAGCUGCACCACCUGCAGCAGCUGACGCCGGUGCACCAGCAGUGGUAUCUGCAGCAGAUGGCGUCCGCGCUGGAGCACUGAGCGCCGUAGUGUCUGCGUGCGUGGCCGGAGGUCGAUGUGCAGUGGGUGCUGUAGGCGCGGUCGUCAUGUUGGCGUGUUGGGUAAGGCAACGGGAGCUGGAAUGCCUGUGCGCUUGUCUGACACGCCGCACAUGUCCUCGCGCCCUCGAAACUCUUCCUGACAGAACCACGUGCCGGUGCAGCCGCUGCAGCUCAAGUGCUUUGGGAAGGUGUAGGCUGUACGGUAUUUAUGUGUCGUAGCAUUAGGAUAGGAUUUUUCAGGUUCGGCUCUGGCUCGGGUAGUGCAUUCUUGCACAGGCAUUGAAGCUUAAGCGGUUUUGAGGUGAGCACAGUGCUGCGUACAGGUACUCGGGUCGUGACGGGCCAGCAUAACCACGCGUGGCCCGCCUUCCCCAGCCCCCUGCCGACGGCCACUUGUCUUCUAGUCGUGAGUGUGAUGAACCAGGGGCGCGUCUCAGGGAUGGUCGGACUACCUGCCUGGGCGGUAGGCAGCAUAGGAGCGGCAGGCUGCACAGGACGUGCUGGGGGCGUGCUGAUGGGCUCGCACCCCGCCCAUGCCAUUUGGCGUGAAGUGCAGCGGCUGAGUAGAGUCUGGCGCGACAUAAUGAGGCCCUGGGCGUUGCGGUGGAGAGGGGUAGGUCAGGCGUCCAUGUCGGCACCCGGCAUUUGAGUAGGAGCAGUCGAUGGAAGUGCGUGGUUGAGGGAAGUGCAAUGCAAGCCGGCGACAGGGGGAGUCACCGAGAAUGUGGUUGCUGUGGGACCGUGCCCCGUCCUGCAGUUUCGUAACGCGCUGCUCCA